GUUGAACAGUUCGGAUCGUACAAAAAAAUUCAUUUAAAUUCUUUGUGAAAAAUCUUCAAGUAAAUCAUCAAGUGUCAAGUGCCAGUCAAUAAUCAACAACUCAAAAUGUGUGAUCCUUGUGAACAAAUGUGCUGCCCAUCAGACUGCUCACCAUACUGCGAUCCAUGCAGUCCACCUAUGACUUGUGAGCCUUAUUGUUCACCUUGUCAACCGAUGUAUCAAUCAGAUUGCAUGCAAAUGUGCUCACCAUGUCAACCGAUGUGUCAACCUUCAUGCGCACCAGCUUGUGAUCCAUGCUGUCCUCCAAAGCGUUGCAAGAGCCGUGAGCUCAAAGGAAGUGUCUUGUUAACAAGCUGUGAAUGUGUCAAACGCAAUGGUCUUCAAUUAGACUGUCCACGAACUGAAUGUAAAGGAAGACCCUGCUGCACUGUCAAGCCAUGGCCCUUAUGCUGUCCAUCGAAAUACACUUGGAGAUAUACAAAUGUUACAAUGGGAAAAGCAACAAAUCCAGCAAGACCAGCAUGCAAACCAAAGAGUAAUGGAACCUGUAAUCCUUGUGUUGCAAGUUUUGAUCCAUGCUGCAAUGACUGUUGAUGUUUAUAUUUUUGUAAUAAUGACAACUUUUGAAUGCAAAUAAAUUUAUUUUUGUAGUAA